GUAAACGGUCCUCCCUUCUUAGACCGAACAUUAAACACACGGUUCAUCCAUGUCGAACCGAACAACAUACUAAUCGCUAUUAAUGUUUUUCAUGUGGUGUUGUUGAGGGUAUAUAACUGCUACCUUACAAUUGGCACCGUUAUUUAAUCUUGCAGUGCCUACGUCCCGAGAAAAAGCAGUGAGGGAAAAAAAAAGAAAAAGAAAAAGAAAAAGAAAAAGAAAAAAUGGGUUCUGAAGCUCCCAUUCAUGUCUUCAUGAUGUCCUAUCCAGCACAAGGACACAUAAACCCGCUGCUCAGACUAGGCAAGUCCCUUGCAGCAAAGGGUUUGUUUGUGACCUUCACUACCACAGAGAAAGCUGGUAAGGAUAUCCGAACUGCUAACAACAUCACUGACAAAUUAGUCACUCCAAUUGGUGAUGGUUUUCUCAAGUUCGAGUUCUUUGAAGAUGGUUUGACCGAUGAGGAUCCCAAGAGGAAGAGUCUCAGUGAUUACUCAGAACAGCUUGAGCUUGUUGGGAAGCCAUAUGUUUCCCAAAUGAUCAAGAAAUAUGUUGAGGCAAAACAUCCAAUUUCCUGCAUCAUAAACAACCCUUUUAUUCCAUGGGUUUGUGAUGUAGCCGCUGAACAUGAGAUUCCUUCUGCUCUGUUGUGGAUUCAAUCUUGUGCUGUCUUCACCGCUUACUAUAGUUAUUUCCACAAACUGGUGCGUUUCCCUUCAGAUGCUGAGCCUUAUAUUGAUGUUCAAUUGCCUUCAACAGUCCUUAAAUACAAUGAAAUUCCAGACUUUCUUCAUCCUUUUAGUCCAUAUCCAUUUUUGGGGACACUCAUCUUGCAACAAUUUAAGAACUUGUCAAUACCAUUCUGUGUAUUGGUUGACACCUAUGAGGAACUAGAGCAUGAUUCCAUCAACUAUCUUUCAAAGUUUGUCCCCAUAAGGUCUGUUGGCCCUUUGUUCAAGAUUUCAAAAGCACCAGGCACAAGCGAUAUCCGUGGUGAUUUCAUGAAGAGUGAUGAUUGCAUCCAGUGGCUAAACACAAGGCCACCAGCAUCUGUGGUGUAUAUCUCCUUUGGGAGUGUUGUUUACCUGCCUCAAGAACAAGUGACUGAAAUUGCUCAUGGCCUAUUGAACUCUAAAGUCUCAUUUUUGUGGGUAUUAAAGCCACCAAAUGAGGACCUGGGACUCAAGUCCCAUGUUCUGCCAGAAGGGUUCUUUGAGGAAACCAGUGACAGAGGCAAAAUGGUACGGUGGAGUCCACAAGAAGAAGUGUUGGCUCAUCCUUCAGUGGCGUGCUUCAUGACACAUUGUGGUUGGAACUCAUCAAUGGAAGCACUCACUUCAGGGGUGCCAAUGUUGACAUUUCCAGCAUGGGGUGACCAAGUCACAAACGCAAAGUUCUUGGUAGAUGUUUUUGGGGUUGGUAUUAGAUUGGGUUAUAGCGCGGCCGAAAAAAAAUUGGUAACCAGAGAUGAGGUGAAGAAGUGCUUGCUGGAAGCAACACUAGGGCCAAAAGCAGAGGAGUUGAAGCAAAAAGCAUUGAAGUGGAAGAAGGCAGCAGAGGCUGCAGUGGCCGCCGGUGGCUCCUCCGACAAAAAUAUUAAUGAAUUUGCGGACGAUAUUAAGAAACGUGGCGCUGUUAAGAUAUGACAUGAAAAUUUAUGAUGCACGUGCUAAAGAAUAAUUUGGUAGGAAUCCCUUCCAAUCGAGUAGGGUUUGUCUCUUUUUGGAAGCAUAAUAAUAAAUGCAUACGAACUAUCCGUGAUGCUCUGUAUUUAAUUAGACACUGGAGACACCCUAAUGAUUUAGCCUUUUGAAUUGUCAUAGAUACUUAAUGAUGGUUUGUUGAAAGUCCAUAUUUAGUUAUAAAAGCUAAGUUAUUUAAUUUUUCAGAAUAUACGAUGUUGGCUAUGAAAGGAUAUCCCCAGAGAAUCAUCAAACAUAAUUCGAUCGGGAUUAUACCUGCAC